UAACGCUUUGUUUGCUACGUCGUCGAUUUCAGCGGUAAACUCACGGUGGAUAAAAGAGCAUGGCUCCAUACGAUCAGUUUGCGAUCGUUCUCGAUGAUGAAGACACGUUUUAUCAUCCAGGAGAUGAGGUUAAAGGGAGGAUAUUUCUAAAAUUGAGUAAAUCUAUGAUGAUUGUGCGCAUUGUUGUUGGUUUUCAUGGCGAGGGACGUGUAAAGUAUAAUGAUGAGUACUUCAUCCAGCCAUACUUCCAUGACCACGCUGUCGUCUACGAUUGCAACAAUGAAAAUGUUCACCAUCAACUGCAAGGCUCUUUCCCUCCAGGUGAUUUCUGGUUCCCAUUUGCCUUCAGAUUGCCGCCUGUUAAGAUACAGUCAUCAUACCUUGACCUCACUGGAGCCGUGUGCUAUUGGCUUGACGCAGUAAUUGAAAGAUCUAUAUGGCCUAAUGAAGAGACUACUAUUCCAAUCUUUGUGUUGGAGCUAGUGGAUGUCAACAGUCCAGAAGUGCAGCGACCACGAAUCAAGCAGAAAGAAAUGCCUAUUUCCUGUUGUUUUGUGAAAGGCGGAAAGGUCAACAUAUCUGGUAAAAUUAACAAGGGAGGUUACUAUCCUGGUGACGUCAUUGAGUGUAAAUUCUUCAUUGAAAAUGAGUCCAACAGGGAAGUGACUUACACUGAGGCCAUCUUCAAGCAAAAGGUCACACAACAAUAUCCAAGACGGAUAUUUUUUGUAAAACAUGAAACAGCCAUGGAAAUUGCUUCUUCUAGAGGGAUUGGAAAAAAGAUGAUCGCUCACGUGAAGGGAGAAUGUGUAUAUGCCGCGAAUAUUGAAAUCCCAAUCAAGAUCGGCUUCAUUUCUUCAGCCUCAAUCGGAUCUAUUUUGAGCCGGGAGGUGAUUCUUGCCUUUGCACUGCUUGUUAACAGUCAGAUGAAACAAGAGAGACAGAGCGCCAGAGAAGGGCAGGAGAUGGGGGCUGGUAAUCAUGUACAUCAUGAUGACCAGCAAAUGCUGUUAACACCAGGUCAUGUCUAGUUGGUCCACAGGCCCUUUGCAGUUAACGAUCACGUGCCUUUACUGGAAAGCAAAAUAUUUUGUUUUAAUUUUGAAUGGUAAUUCUUUUUAGCUACUUGUAAAGAACUGAAUGAAACGAUGUAUAACCAGUGUUACGAAAUGCAGUUUUAUUACGAUGUCUCAAAACAGGUAGAAAGAUUGUUUGCUCACCAGUAUUUCACCCAUGGGAAUCAAAAUGUUCAUUCAUUUGCUCUCAGUGAAUUAAUCAGCACGUGAUUACUGAGCCGCAAAGGGCCUAUCUUCCUAUAAAAAAUAGACGUAAUCUGCUGUUUUUCCAUUUCAUACCACGUGUCCUAGCUUCCUAGUAUAGUUUCUUUGUUUCAUGGUUACGCAUCAAGAAGACACAUGGAGAAUAACACGUGGUCUGAAAUGGGAAAGUCUAAUCUGAUUUACAUGAGAAAGAAUUCCCUUUCCCAAGGAAAAAUCGGCUCUAUUGUUGUGCCUCGUUCUUCAUGACUGCCAUCAAGUGAUGGUGCAAAGCCUAUGUAUGUAUAGUUGAUAACCAGCUUGGAAAAGCGUAAAAACUUAUUAUUAAUAUAGUACUAUUUAACAUAGUAAAAACUAAAAAUAUAUAACUAUGCGACGUUUCGACUUAACCUAAGUCAUUAUCAAGCGAAGAAAAAUAAACUAGUAAUGUUAUAUAUAACAAAACCCUAGAGGCCCCCCCCAAAAUCAUCAUUCUGCUUCUGAACUAAGAGAAGCUUCAAAGAAUCCCUUCACAAACAUAAAUUCGAAGCUUUUGUAUGUGAGUAAGAUCUUGCCCGAAAAUGCCUCGUUUUCGAAUGUGAACAAACAUAGAUCACAUGUAACCUGAGCAUCAGGCCUUGGCGGGGUAAUUGGGGAGGGGUUUGGGACCUUGGCCUCUACCCAAGAGAGCGUGAUACUCGGUUUAGAUCAUAUGAGCAUCACCUGGAAAAAAAUGUCGGCAAUUGAAGCGAAAUUACAUUUAAACAAAUCACUAGCCAAUCGAAGUUCUAGAAAACAUCACAUUAACAUUCCCGUGCGUCUUUCCGUUUGUUGUUUUGAGUCUCGUUUUUAGUGAUCAAAACAACAAACGCAGCGCUUUAGUUGACGCACGGGAGUAGGGUAAGGAGAAAUUUAAACUGCCUCUGAUUACUAAAAAUAGCCCAACCGGGAAUUUACAUGGCGCGCGCCACAAUAAGAAGUUUCCCUCUCUUAUUUAUGCUCUCUUGAUUAUAUACAUAUAAGACAAACAAACAGAGUCGUGUAUAUUGAAACCAUCUAUAUUUAUUUGAUGUUAUUAGCGUAAUUCUUAUCUCAAGGUCAUAAGGCUACAAGUGAAUCCACACUUCUUGGCAAUGAACCACAUAGCUUUUAUCACUUCCCAAGCGGUGUUAAAGCUCGUAAACGAUCCUUUGAUUACCUUGAAGACUUUGAAAUAUACAUCACAGCCGAGAUCACAGAUGGACGGGAUAUUCUUGUCCGGCUUGAGGUAGCACGGUGCGUGAGAUUCAAAACCUUUCUUCCUGAUCUCCUUGCACGUCGCUUUGGUAGUUUGUCGAAGGACAGGCACAAGAGCUUCUUGGAGACACUUUCGCACACCGCUAACCCAUUUCCACUCUUCUGGAGAGAACAGACUCUUCCUUGUGUCGUACAACUUGCAGAACUUGUCCGCGUAAGCCAAGGCGUAAGGAUAACCCGAGGCUUCACAUGGAUACUUCUUGUCCAAGCAGUCACGAUACCAAUCGCAAGAUGAUCCCGAUGGUUUGAAGCACUGUGGCGGUAGCUGAGAUGUGGUUCUUGAAGGCCCAAAGAACAAAACGAGUAAAAUGUAGAAUACUCGGUGCAUAGUGGUAGAAAUGAUCUAGGAACGAAUUGUUGUCACGAUGUUGUUAUGACGAACUUUAAUUCAAUACUGACUUUGAAAGACAUGAGUGGGAGUCGACGGGACACCGAUUUGUCGUUGGGGAACUGGGAUGACAGGAAUCGAUUACAAUAAAGAGGUUUUGCACCAUCGGGUGACGAUAGCCAUGUUAGAUGGCAGGAACAAUAAAAUCGUUUUACAUAAGAAAAAAUUCAAUUCCCAAGCGCAAAGGGAUUUUAUUGUUCUGCCCUCUAACCACAGGCAGUCCAAGCUGGAUUAUGGCUCAGGCACGUGAUGGUGCAAAACCUCUAUUGCGAUGGUACGCGAGCUAAACACCCGCCAAACUAUAUGUACCGUAUUUUCUCUAUUAAACCCCUUGGAGGCUUAUUCUUGUUAGUGGAAUUUAGACUGGGGGCUUAUUGAUUUGAAAAAUAUUUUAAUAAAGGACAAGGUAAGACCUAAAAA